AUGCCGCGUCCACUAAGCCACAGCAACAACCAAGACGGUGAUGAGGACGACCACAUGGAAGAAACUGUAGAGGACGGGCUCACCAGUUCACAGGUACAAGAGGCCAACUAUCUGAACUCAUUGGUGACUGAGGAGGAUCCUUCUCAACAGUUUGCAAAACGUGCGAGCCUACGAGAAGCGUACCAUGACAUUUGCAGUCAGUUCACAGGUGACGCUGAAAGAAAGGAAAAUGGAGAGUUGAUUGAGCACCUCGGGAAGUCUCUUGAAGAUGUUGAGCGCUCUUAUCAGAAUGUAGGCGCAGGAGGCAAAGAGCUUGCAGCGGACGCUGACUCAUUGUUGUCGAUGGCAAGUGUUUUACUUGAACAAAUGAAGUCGUUCCGAAGUGCAAAUUCUGAAAGGAUAGUCACAGCCGCUUCCUUUGCGGAAGCUCUGAUUUCAUUUGUAAACUCUUCACAAUCAUCCACCGACGCAGCUUUUAUCGACGGUGAAGACAACCCGUUGCUGAAGGAUGAAGAAGAUGACGAUCCAACAAACUUGCCUUCAUGUUCCAAUGGAACACAAGUUUCCGCCACGCGGCAUGCAUCUUCAGGAGCGCCAAUGAUAAGUCGCGAUAAAUGGGCUUGGCUUGGUCGCCAGGAUUUUGGCACGCUGACAUAUGAUGUAUCUUUCAACUACCAAUCUCUACGUUCCGUCGUUUCGUAUGACAUAGCGCCACCUGCGUCCCAAAUUACAAAGAAAGAACGGUUGAAAAGAGGAAAGGAUACACAAGAGGCUGCAGUUGUGCUUUCUUCAAAGCAAGCUGAAAGCGUCGACGACGAAGUUUCCGUAGCUCAAGAGCUGGAUAAGGUGAGAAAAGCACUAAAGCGAGCUUGGAAGGAGAAACCGUCGGUCGACUUCUUCUCUUUCGUCAUCGAUCCAACAGAUUUUUCGAAAUCGGUCGAAAACAUGUUCUACGUCUCCUUUCUUGUCAAAGAUGGGCGUGUGCGUUUGACAGUCGGCGAGGAUGGUCUACCCGUGCUGUUGCACGUUUCGAAUGAAGAACGCCAGAGGUUGCAUGUAGACGACAGGUCAGCGGCAGUUACGAACCAGGCCAUAAUAUCAUUUACUUACGAGAUGUGGGAGGAAAUGGUGGAAGCAAUGCGCAUGCGGGGUUCAGUCAGCAAUAGCUUGUGA